AUAAAACUCCCAUUGUGGUGGGACAGCACCUAGAGUGUGUGCAUACUUAUUGCUGUUAAUUCAAAGAUUUGGGAAACAAGAAGGACUCACCUCGUCUCACUGUAAACACCAGUCCACAAGAGUAUUGGAAUCUCCUGAAACUGUAUUGAUUUCAAUCCUGUAGUUUUUUCAGCGGAUCUGUGUGAGACUUUUCUUAGGCCUGAUUGGACCCCAUUCCACUGCUCUGAUCUAUCCAUACCAUAAAUCAUUCCUCUCCUGCCUCGGCCCCUGGGCCAUGGUACAUCAGAGAAUAGCAGCUACAAUAUGAGCGUAACUCCAUCCACCAACCUGGACAGCCAGCUGACCACUACCUGGGGCCCUACUAACUCCUACCCUGAUGUUCCGAUGGUGAUGUCUGGUUACACAAGUCGUCUGUGGCCUCGUGACUCCCAGCCUCAGUUCUGGACUAAGUACCAGGUGUGGGAAUGGCUGCAACAGGUCAUGGACAUGCACCAGAUCGAUGCCUCCAACAUUCCCUUCCAGAACUUUGAUAUGGACGGCCAUCAGCUCUGCAAUCUGAGCUACCAGGACUUCAUCCAUGCUGCUGGCAGCGUGGGACCCAUUCUCUUCCACAGCAUCACAGAGCUCAAGUGGAGCGGGCAGUACCACAUGGAAAUAGGACAACUGGACCUCAAACCAGAAUUAGACUUCUCUUGUCCAUUUCCAGAUGUCAGCUAUCCGCCAGGAGAUAUCUAUGAUCCCUCAAUUCACUCACUCGCACCCGAUGCCUCUCCAACCCCUUCUAGCCCUGAUAUCAAAAGGUCUUACAGUCGCCCAGAUCAGGUCAAAAAACACAACCCAAGGGGGACCCACUUGUGGGAGUUCAUCAGGGACAUUCUGCUGAACCCAGAGCGAAAUCCAGGGUUGAUCAAGUGGGAGGAUCGGACAGAGGGGGUUUUCCGCUUCCUGAAGUCAGAGGCCGUGGCACAGUUAUGGGGCAAGAAGAAGAACAACAGCAGCAUGACCUACGAGAAACUAAGUCGGGCUAUGAGAUAUUACUACAAAAGAGAAAUCCUGGAACGAGUUGAUGGACGCAGACUUGUAUACAAGUUUGGAAGGAAUGCAAGAGGGUGGAGGGAGUCAGAGAAGUGACAAUUUCAUUAAUUUAUGUUUUCUUUCAAGUUGUAUGCAAUGUCAUGUUUUACUGUAAGUUUCACUCACUGUUUUUGAUACAGAUUUGUUUGAACUGUUUACACAUUGUUGAUAAUUGUAUGUUUAUUUCAUUUUUUUUUCUUUAAAUUUAUCCCUUUGCUGUGACAGUGCAUUGCGAUGUCCUUUACUGUGCCUUAUUAAAAACUUGCUUGUUAUGCCAGCAUAAAAACAGCAGUAAAACUCAUGCUUACAUAAGAUCGCAGUGAAGACAGGAACAUCAAAAACUGCCAAGAGCUAUCAUAAAGCAUUGUUCUUUGCAUUUUUUUUUCUUCAAAACACUCACAAAUCCCAAAGGUGUACAUGUUGAUAGCAUUCAAAAUACAUGUGGAAAACAGAUGUGUGUGUAUGUUGAGUGGUGUUGACAUUUAUACUGUGAACUGCCCUUUGGGAAGGAUGCUUGAAAAAAACUGUAAUAAAAUAGCAUUCAAUAAGCGCAAUGCAGCAAUGAAGUGCAAGAAUGCCUAAACUAAGUGAUACACUUACUAUUUACUAUGCAUUCAGUGAGCUGUAAAAGACGUUGUGUCUGUUAAUGUUUACUACAAAUAAAGCUUGUCAUUGUUUUUA